CAGGCGCAGUAUUGAUUACUAGCCCAGCAAUGAUAGGAAUGGAAGACGGGACAGCCAGGCUGAUAGUCCAUCGAUUAGUGCGCAGCAUCAAGCAGUGAGUAGUCUGUGUUAAAGUCUUCAACCGCUCAGCUUGCUUUACAAAGAAUCCUGCAGUGAAAGUCGUUCAUCGAGAUGACUCGUUUGAUUUUCUUCGCGAUAUUGGUAGUCGUAAUGACUAGUGUCAUGGGCAGGAAAGGAAAGCUGAGAAAGGCAAAAGACUGCCAGGCAAUUCGUUGCUCCAAAGACUUCAAGCCAGUGUGUGGAAGCGAUGGAGUAUCUUACUCAAACAAAUGCGAAUUCCGAAUUGCAAAAUGCUUAGCCAGRAAAGGAGGCAAAAAGCUGCUUAUUCACUACGAAGGCAAMUGCGGUGCUCCAAAAAAGAUGAAGGAAACUGCAAACAAGAAGAAGAGGAACAAAAGACGUCGCAAGACUUGUCCUGCAACGUUCUCGAGGUGUAAAACGCUGAAUUCCACCAGAAACUCUGUGUGUGGCAGCAAUAACAUAACCUAUCAUACUUUUUGCCACUUUAAAAUUAGUAGAUGCAGGUCAGAGCUCGCGGGGAAACCGUUAACAUUGCUGUACAAAGGUGUCUGUGGUAAACCCAGGGUCAAAAUGGUUUGRCCGAUCGAGUCACAGUGRCCUAACAGGAAUAGUCCAAUUUGUGGAGGAGAUGGUAAYACGUACAGAAAUCUCUGUUUUUURCUGAUUGCGAAGUGCGAAGCAAGGAAAAGCAAAAGAAGGCUAAAACUUCAAUACAGAGGAAGCUGCGGAAAUCCCGUUACUCCAAAACCUUGUCCAAAAAGCUGUCCAACAAUCUAUAAGCCAGUGUGUGGAACAGACGGAAAAACAUACAAAAAUGGCUGUGAGAUGGCUCGAAAGAAGUGCGGCCUUGCUAAAGGUCAGAAACGCCAUCUACGGGUGAAGCACAGGGGUWCWUGRGACAACCCAUCCACGCCCAAACCUUGCCUUACGGUCAAGAAGUGUCGACGCAAGAGAGGGAUGCCUGUGUGUGGGACUGACGGCGUGACUUAUCAGAGUAAAUGCCACCUGCGCGUGACAAAGUGUUUAGCCAAGAGAAACAAACGCUCGCCCAUUGCAUUGAAACACAUGGGGAACUGUAGACACGGGAAUGGAGUUGGUGCAGGGAACUUUUGAGUUGAAGUCUUGAUUGUUAAUGUUGAUUAUACAAACUGAACAUGUGCAGCAGGGUUGRACGUAGAAUUAGACAAACACUGGAAAAAAAGGCGCGCUUUUGUGCCAUUUUGUACAAUACACAGGCGUGUAAUCGUCGCUCUUUCAUAUGUGCGCUAUGUAGACCCAAAAAUCCGUUUUUGUGUUUCCUUAUCAGAAAACCUUACAUUUUUGUAAGAAAGAUUUUGUGAAGUAUCUUAAGAAAGAGUAUACUGGGCAAAUCUCUGCAUGUCCCGUCAUACUUUGCUCAAGAAAAUGAUGGAUGUCGCUGCACAUUGCCUUUUAAAAUAUUUUUGUCACAUGCAGGAUAUUUACAAUGUUUUAACAAGAAAUGAACGAGCGGAUUUUAAUAAAUUAAAUAUCUUUAAAAAAUCUUGUCUUACUAACGUUGCGUUUUCAGAUAGGAUGCCUGUGGAGAAAGACAUUUCCACAGGCAUCCCAAGAGAGUUGUUCGGAUUCAUCAGUGUAGUAAUCGGUACGCAACAGCGUUUAUCAGUGUCAAAAAGGGAUCCAGACGUCAUUGAUAAACCUAAUCUUUGACAAGUGCUAUUUACUCGUAUAGUAAUACUGCAAAAUCAAUCGCAUUGUGACUUUUAUAUAUACAUAUUUGUUGAAGUUGUUUUUGUAGAUAGAAUUAAUGUAUUAUUAUUUGAAAAUGUUUGUUUUAUUAAACGGCUUUAAAUCCUUCA